GAAACAUUCGCUUACAUACGUUUUGUCCAAAUUAGAGAGAUUAAGUAACUCAAGAAAGAUUGAAGUUAACACAAAACACAAUGAUGAUCCUAAGGCUGGCUCUAGCGGCUGUCAUCUCUGCCUACGCAGCCGCACAACCAGCCUCAACGUCGUCGUCGCUUGUAACUUAUAUAUUCGGCGACUCUCUAACCGAAGUUGGUAACAACAAUUAUUUGCAAUAUUCCCUAGCGAGAGCAGACUUUCCAUAUUAUGGGAUUGAUUUCUCUGGUGGUAAAGCUACCGGAAGAUUUACCAACGGUCGGACUAUCGGCGAUAUCAUAUCUACAAAGCUUGGGAUUCCAUCGCCACCACCAUAUCUAUCAUUAUCACAAAACGAUGACGCAUAUCUCAGUGGUAUCAAUUACGCAUCUGGAGGAGCUGGAAUUCUCAAUGAAACUGGCAUUUACUUCAUUCAAAGGCUGACGUUCGAUGAUCAAAUAAAUUGUUUCAAGAAAACUAAAGAAGUUAUUAGGGCGAAAAUCGGAGAUCGAGCUGCAAGCAAGCAUGUCAAUGAUGCCAUGUACUUCAUUGGUUUGGGAAGCAACGAUUAUGUAAACAAUUUCUUGCAGCCAUUUAUGGCAGAUGGGCAACAAUAUACACAUGAUGAGUUUGUCGAACUCUUGAGUUCAACCCUACACAACCAGCUUACGACAAUAUACAAAUUAGGAGCGAGGAAGGUAAUAUUUCAUGGGAUAGGCCCAUUGGGGUGUAUCCCAUCUCAAAGGGUGAAGUCGAAGACAGGCAUGUGUCUGAAGCGUGUCAACGAAUGGGUAUUGGAAUUCAACUCAAGAACGACGAAGCUUCUUCAAGAUCUCAACAAACGCCUCCCUGGAGCUAAAUUCGUCUUUGCCGACACUUAUCCCGCAGUUCUUGAUCUCAUCAACAAUCCCACUCACUACGGGUUUAAAAUAGCAAACACGUCGUGUUGCAAUGUGGACACAAGCGUUGGAGGUCUUUGUCUUCCCAAUUCCAAGAUGUGUAAAAACCGUAAAGACUUUGUCUUCUGGGACGCAUUUCAUCCGUCCGAUUCGGCUAAUCAAAUCCUAGCCGAUCAUCUCUUCUCCUCUCUUCUUUCUUCCUCUUCUCCUUCCCCUGCUCCUAAACCUGGUCACCAGUAUAGUAUUUACAAAAAUAAUUAACAUUAAACCAGUUUCUAGUUAAAUUGGACCUGCUUGCUCGAUACAUGUGUAAUUAGGACAAGUGUGUGUGUCUUGUUAGUAGUUGUUACAAAAAGUAUUAUUUAUUCUGAGGUAA